AUGAACUUUCCUCCACCCAUCAUCAUGUUCUCGGACCUCGAAUGCGACUACAUCAACCCCAUUGACCUAUGUAAUAAACUGAACCAGUUCGUUCUGCCUGAAAACAUUGCCCAUGCCUUCCUCGCAACACUUUUCCUGCUUUCCGGUCAAUGGACUGCGUUCCUCCUGAACGUUCCCCUCGUCGCCUUUAAUGCCAACAAGAUACGAAACAAGAAUCACAUGUACGACGCGACGGAGAUCUUCAGAACCAUUACUGGUCACAAGAAGGAGAGCUUCAUCAAGCUCGGAUUCUAUCUUCUCUCAUUUUUCUACUAUCUCUAUCGCAUGAUUGUGGCUUUGAUCGCGGACAGCGAGUAGAUUUCGAAGGAUGGGGCAAACAUUGAAGGGAUUUGGGUUGUUCGGUCGCUUCAAUGUACAGAGUAAAUUCUACUCAAGAUCAGCUCCAGAUGUAAUGGACUACGAUUUUUUUCAUGAGAAUGCUUUCCUCAAACACUGAGAAGAAAUGCACAUGCAUAGAGAUAGGAUUUGAGCGCUUAGAGCCAUUGAAGUUUGAUUCUACGGACAAUGCAGGAAAUAUUCGAACUACCGACCCUCGUCGAUCCUGGGAAUACAGACGACGAAAUGGGUGCUAAGAUGUCCUUUUGUUCGGGACACGGCCUGACACUCGAACGCCCGCGUAGAAAUUGGCAGGCAUGAGCAACAAUGGGGAAAAUGGAUGGCCGUGCCGCCGCACUA